CAGACGGGUCCGCCGCGCUCGCCUAAGCUCAUAAAAGGGAAAAAAAGCGUGUGUGGUUCUCGACGUGCCGCGAAUCUUCGAACGCGAGUGCGUUAGCAUCCGCAGGCUCGGAAAAAGCGUUCGAGGGACCGCGCCUGUUUCUCCGUCGCUGUUUCCAGCGCGCCGAGGUUACUUCGCCCGGGACUCGGCAGGAGCCCCCGGUGCCAUGGCCCUCGUGUCUGCCGACUCCCGCAUCGCGGAACUUCUCACCGAGCUCCACCAGCUGAUCAAGCAGACCCAGGAAGAGCGCUCGAGGAGUGAACACAACUUAGUGAACAUCCAGAAGACCCACGAGCGGAUGCAGACGGAGAACAAGAUUUCUCCCUACUACCGGACCAAGCUGCGGGGCCUUUACACGACCGCCAAGGCCGACGCGGAGGCCGAGUGCAACAUCCUCCGGAAAGCCCUGGAUAAGAUCGCUGAGAUCAAGUCUCUGCUGGAAGAGAGGCGGAUUGCGGCCAAGAUCGCGGGCCUCUACAAUGACUCGGAGCCGCCUCGGAAGACCAUGCGCAGGGGCGUGCUGAUGACCCUGCUGCAGCAGUCGGCCAUGACCCUGCCGCUGUGGAUCGGGAAGCCUGGUGACAAGCCCCCGCCCCUCUGUGGGGCCAUUCCAGCCUCCGGGGACUAUGUGGCCAAGCCUGGAGACAAGGUAGCUGCCCGGGUCAAAGCCGUGGACGGGGAUGAGCAGUGGAUCCUGGCCGAGGUGGUCAGUUACAGCCACGCCACUAACAAGUACGAGGUGGACGACAUUGAUGAAGAAGGCAAGGAGAGGCACACCCUGAGCCGGCGGAGAAUCAUCCCACUGCCACAGUGGAAGGCCAACCCCGAGACGGACCCCGAGGCCUUGUUCCAGAAGGAGCAGCUCGUGCUGGCCCUGUAUCCCCAGACCACCUGCUUCUACCGUGCCCUGAUCCACACGCCCCCACAACGGCCGCAGGACGACUACUCGGUCCUGUUUGAAGACACCUCGUAUGCGGACGGCUACUCCCCGCCCCUCAACGUGGCCCAGAGGUACGUGGUGGCCUGUAAGGAGCCCAAGAAAAAGUGACGCGGCGGCAGACCCGCCCUGCGCGGCCGGCCUCCCUGGGGAAGGCAGCCAAGGAUUUUCUGUGACCAAAUAAAUCCCCUCAGCUCGC